AUGCGGAAAACUCUAGUUACAUUUAUCAGAUACAAUGACAUCAGAACUCCGGCAAGAGCCUACGACACGCAUUUGUCGCGUUCCAGUGGCGGCGCGACGGAUUUAUUGAGCCACAGUACGAGCGCGGGCACUUUGGGUGUAGCAUCUUUAAUGGGUAUCUCCCAUAUGAUAACUUCUGGUGGUCUGCAACAAAAGAAAGCAGUGGCUGUUGGUGAACAAACUGGUUUGACAGGGAAUGCAUGGGGAAGCACGGUUGCACAAAUACCAGCAGAUGGAGCAAAAGCUCUAUCUAAUGGAGUAAAUUCGGGCCUUGAUUUCGGCCAAGGCUGGUUGAACUUCGUUAAAGUUGCGUCCUCUGGUCUCGAUAUGCAAGGAGGUAAAACGGCUGAAGAAAAUUUCAGUGUUGGCAGUACGGAUAACAAUCCACCGCCAAACAUGUACGAACAAACUAACAGAAAUGGUAUACAAACACCGGCUGGUCAAGAUGGUACAUAUGACAAGAAUGGUGCUUAUAACCGCAAUGGACAAACUAAUCAAAAUGCCGAACUGUCACCAGUUGGACAAGAUGGUACAUAUGAUAAGAAUGGUGCUUACAAUCGCAAUGGACAACCUACAAAUCAAAAUGCCAUUUCGAAUGGCCAUAAUGAGCCGACUAGAAAUCAACACACAGCAGAAAAUAAUGGCAACUCUGCAACGUCAAAUACGAAUAGCCUUUAUAAUUCACCCGAAACUCACAAUUCUGGAAGCGGUAUACCAGAUAUUGCCAGCUCGGUUCCAGGAACGGAUGCACUUGGUGGUGGUGUGCCAGAUAUGGAAGGUAUGGCAAACUCAGUUCCAGGAAUGGAUGCACUUGGUGGUGGUGUACCAGAUAUGGGCGAUAUGGCAAGCUCGGUUCCAGGAAUGGAUACACUUGGAGGUGGUGUACCAGAUAUGGGAGGUAUGACAAACUCUGUUCCAGGAAUGGAUGCACUUGGUGGUGGUGUACCAGAUAUGGGAGGUAUGGCAAGCUCGGUUCCAGGAAUGGAUACACUUGGAGGUGGUGUACCAGAUAUGGGAGGUAUGACAAACUCUGUUCCAGGAAUGGAUGCACUUGGUGGUGGUGUACCAGAUAUGGGAGGUGUGGCAAGCUCGGUUCCAGGAAUGGAUGCACUUGGUGGUGGUGUACCAGAUAUGGGAGGUAUGACAAGCUCGGUUCCAGGAAUGGAUGCACUUGGUGGUGGUAUACCAGAUAUGGGGGGUAUGGCAAGCAUGAUCCCAGGAAUGGAUGCACUUGGUGGUGGUAUACCAGAUAUGGGAGGUAUGGCUAGUGCAAUACCAGGCGCUGACCUCUUAGGUGGCUUUGGUGGUAUUGCUAAUGCAAUCCCAGGUAUGGGAGGAGGUGCAGGCGGUAAUUCAAAUGGUGGAGAAGGAGCUGGUGCAAACGGAGGUGCAGGAGGAAGUGGUGGUGCGGGUGCUGGUGAAGGUGGCGGCGCAGGUGGUGGCAUUGGCGGAGGGGCAUUUGGUGGGGGAUUGCCAGGUCUUGGAAGUUUUGGAUUGCCGUUUUAA